UUUUUUUUUCUUACCUGGCUUAUCCCAAAGGGGACUCAAAAAGCUUCCGGAAAUGACUUCCUGAGCUCGGAAAGCAAACAAAUAAACCUGCAAAUAAACUUAUUAUACGCUGCCAAUCUUAACCACUCUAAUCUAUUACUCGGUUAACAUUGAUGCACGCGUAGUCACUAUUGAUAAAUGGAUCGGCAGUGCUUUCCGCUGUCUCGACUGUCCGUAGCCCUAGGAGAAGCAGGAGAGCUUCCAGAUCGAGUAUCUCGAGGGCUGCUGGACCCUGCCGCUUGAUAUCGCUAAGGCGAGCACGUCACCUAGUUAUGGGGCCAUCGUAUUGUCGUCUUCGUCUUCGUCUUCCUUCUUUGGCGUUUAGCGAUACGAUAAGCUUGCGAUGACCCUGAUCGCUCGUUCGUGACAUGACAGAUCAAAGGGGGGGCUUCGGCCUACGGGGAGAUGAUCCCCAACAGAUGGGACCGAGGCCGAGGUGGUCGUCGUCUUCGUCGUCGUGUUCAAGGUAGCCAGAUCCAGCAGGUCAUCCCCCUGCAUAAGCUUCUUUUCGAGGUCUUGGCCUCAAAAUCGAUGAUACCACGGAGAGUAAUGUGCGAUGUCUAAGACAAAUUGACAAUAUGAUCGGCACCCUGACAGCCAUGAUAGUCAGGGAUGACAAAUGGUACAGGAAAAACCAACUGGAGACUGGACUAUUGGAUCCUACGUUUCCCGUGUAGCUGUUUCCGAUAGACGCCACGAGAUCUAUAGGAGUGUUCCUCGCCUAAAGUUACAGCCAUACUUCCGUGCUCAGGGUGGAAAGAUUUUCCUAUCCUCCGAAUAUCAGGCUCCAUUGUCACAUAUGACAGAGCACCCUCCCACCCGGUACCCCGGAGACAGAACGUUCGGCCACUAUAGUACCGUCGCAACGAUAUCCGUAGCCAUGGCCCCGUCAGCCACAAACGGCAGUGCAUAUAGCACAUCCAACGGAGUGCACGAGGAUUCGAGAGCUCCUACUAACGGCUACACUAAUGGACAUACGAAUGGACAUACAAACGGACAUGCCAAUGGCUUCGCCAACGGUUCUUCAACUCAUGCCAACGGAAAUGGCAACAUCAACAUCAACAUGAACGGCACGAACGGGCACUCCACUCAACCCUUCGGUCACACAAAUGGUCACCGAGUUGGCCAAACAAACGGCCUCAGCAACGGUCACACUAAUGGCAAUAGCAAUGGCAAUGGCAUUGGCAUCAGCAACGGUGUCAGCAACGGCGUGAAUGGGAAUCAAACUCCGUCGAUCAAAGACAAGGCGCAACCCAUAGCCAUUGUGGGCAUGUCGUGUCGGCUGCCCGGAAAUGUGGCAAGCCCGGCGGAGUUCUGGGAGCUAUGCGCUCGAGCUCGGAGUGGCUAUUCGGAGAUACCUAAGGAGCGUUUCAACACCGCCAGCUUCUACCAUCCGAACCCGGGCAAGGCGGGUUCGCACAACCCAGUGGGCGGUCACUUUCUCAACACCGACCUCCAGGCCUUCGACGCUCCCUUCUUCAGCUUGACGGAGAAGGAGGCGAUCUCCAUGGACCCGCAGCAGCGGUUGUUACUAGAGUGCACGUUCGAAGCGCUCGAAAACGCGGGUAUCCCAAAGCAUACGAUCAUCGGCAAGGAAGUUGGUGUGUUCGUGGGGGGCUCGUUCCCAGAGUACGAAUCUCACUUGUUCAGAGACCCGGACACUAUUCCCAUGCAUCAAGCCACAGGUUGCGCGUACGCCAUGCAAUCUAACAGAUUAUCACACUUCUUCGAUCUGCGGGGUCCCAGUUUUACCACGGAUACAGCCUGCUCGUCAAGUCUGGUCGCACUGCAUGUUGCUUGCCAGAGCUUACGCACCGGCGAGUCAAAUAUGGCGAUUGUCGGUGGAUGCCAUCUGAACAUGCUUCCGGAGUUUUGGAUUUCUUUCUCUAAAUCGCGUCUCUUUUCCGACUCGGGUCGAUCGUUUUCUUUCGAUAGUAGAGGUACAGGAUUCGGCCGAGGCGAAGGAUGUGGUAUGGUAAUUCUCAAACCGCUAGAGCAGGCUCGCAGAGACAAUGAUCAGAUUAGAGCGAUCAUUGUCGGAAGCGGCAUCAACCAGGAUGGAAAGACUCCCGGUAUUACGAUGCCUUCCGGCGAUGCGCAGGAAACAUUAAUGCGUCAGGUAUAUACGAAUUCCGGACUUAACCCUUCCGAUUGUGGCUUCGUCGAAGCACACGGAACUGGCACGCGUGUAGGAGACCCGAUUGAGGCCACCGCUAUUCACAAUGUAUUGGGUGCAAACCGUUCAGCACGUGACCCUCUUUACAUUGGAUCUGUGAAAUCCAACAUCGGCCAUCUCGAGGGAGCUUCAGGUAUUGUGGCAGUUAUCAAGUCUGCCUUGAUGUUAGAGCGAGGUUUCAUUUUACCUAACUACGAUUUCAAAUACCCCAAUGAGAAAAUACCAUGGAAGCAAUGGAACUUGAAGGUACCUGUCAGCCAACGCCCAUGGCCCCGCAACAAGAAAUACCUCAGCGUCAACAACUUCGGCUUUGGUGGUACCAAUGCUCAUGUAGUCCUUGAGAAAGUACCAUUCAUGACCAGAGGUUCUAAGAACGAUGCCGAUCUCAAAGAUGAUAACCCGGGAAGGAAACUCUUCGCCAUCACGGCGAAUGACAAGAACACACUCGAGGGUGUCCUAAAGGCCCUAGUCAUCUACUUGGAGCAAAGACCCGAAAUGUUCCAAAAGGACUUGAUGGCUGAUGUCGCAUACACGCUCGGUCAACGUCGAUCUCAUCUCCAGUGGAGAGUCGCUAUUCCUGCCCUCAGGUCCUUCGACUUGAUCGACGCCAUCAACAGCCAACAGUUUUCACCUGGCAAGGAGGUCGACCCAUUGAGAAUCGGUUUCAUUUUCACUGGUCAGGGUGCCCAGUGGUACGGUAUGGGACGGGAGCUUUAUGAACAAUACCCCGUCUUCACCCAUGCCAUCGACUACGCCGAUGAAUGCUUGAGGGUUCUUGGUGCAUCCUGGUCAUUGGUUGAGGAGUUGAGCAAGGAUGAAAAGACUUCUGCCGUCGGCGCAGCUCACAUCAGCCAGCCUUCAUGCACAGCAAUCCAACUGGCCUUAGUUGAUCUCAUGCGAUCAUGGGGUAUCCGACCUACAGCAGUGGCUGGUCACUCCAGUGGAGAGAUUGGUGCGGCCUACGCUGCCGGUGUCCUUACCUUCGAGGCUUGUGUGUCUAUCGCAUACCACAGAGGCCGUCUCAUUCCUGUACUGAAGGAGAAGUACCCCGACCUCAAAGGUUCUAUGAUGGCUGUCGGCGGUAGCAAAGAAGAGUUUGAGCCCCUACUCGCGGAACUCAAGGAGGGUGAGGUCAAGAUUGCCUGCUACAACAGCCCCAGCAGUCUUACCAUCUCUGGUGAUGAGGCUGGUAUUGAUGAGUUGAAGAAGAUCGUUGAGGAGAAGCAACUUUUCAACCGGAAGCUCUUCGUUGAUACUGCUUACCACUCCCAUCACAUGAACCUUCUCGCUAAGGAGUACUAUGCAUCGAUCGACCAGUUGGAGGGACCUAUCUCUACUGAAGUCAAGUUCCACUCAUCACUACUUGGCCGACGUAUUGAUGGCACCGAGCUUGAACCAACAUACUGGGUUCAGAACCUCACAUGCCCUGUCAAGUUCAACGAGGCCGUACAAAGCAUGCUUGAGCCUACUGAAGAACAUAGGACUGGUAUCAACAUGCUCCUCGAACUUGGACCUCACUCUGCUCUGCAAGGACCUCUAAAGCAGAUCCUUAAGACUGUUGGCGGUGAUGCAGCCAAGAUCCCAUACGUUUCUGCCCUUGGGCGCAAGAAGGAUGCUGUGGGAACUGCAUUAGAUGUCGCAGCGACACUAUUUGCCAAGGGUGCCCCGAUUGACUUCGAAGCCAUCAACUUCCCCAAGAAUGGCAAGUCGCCAAUGCUCUUGAGCGAUUUACCUCGUUACCCCUGGAACUAUUCAUCCAAGUACUGGCAUGAAUCUCGCAUGACUCAGAUGCACAAGAACAGAACUGCCCCGCGUAAUGAUAUCCUUGGUACUCUUGCCAACUUCUCGAACGACCUGGAACCCACAUGGAGGAAUAUUGUCCGCCUAGAUGAUCUUCCAUGGUUACAACACCACAGAAUCCAGUCCCUCACAAUCUUCCCCAUGUCUGGGUACGUCUCCAUGGCAGUCGAGGCCGCCGCGCAACGAGCCUUAUCUGCCAAUGUGCAUUUCGACAAGUUCGAGCUUCGUGAUGUCUCAGUCCUUGCUCCUCUAGUAAUCCCAGAUGAGGAUGUCGAGAUGACGACAACUCUCAGAGCUCACCAAGAAGGUGUGCUGGUUUCAUCGGAAAUAUGGGAUGAGUUCCGCAUCUGCUCGUGGACGAAGAGUAAGGGAUGGAAAGAGCACUGCAAGGGUUUAAUCGCUGUUCAAGCUCAUGAGUCUAAUGGAGUCGAUGAUGCUAGACAGAGCCUCGCUUCGCGAAUCCACUUACAAUCCACCAUCGCCGACAUUAACAAUGCCGCAUCCUCACCUAUCGCCAUGGACAAGCUCUAUGACAGUUUGUCCGAGGUUGGUGUAGCUUACGGCCCUACCUUCCAGGGAGUUAGCAACUGCAAAGCUUCCAGCACCUGUUCGCAAGCUGAUUUGCUUGUUCCCGACAUCGCAAAGGAGAUGCCCAACCACUAUGUCACCAACACCGUCAUCCAACCUUCAUUCCUCGAGUCCCUCAUCUCCAUGUACUGGCCUAUUGCCAGCGCCGGCCAAGAAUCGCCGGAUACCAUCUACCUACCAUCCUCUGUAUCAAGUAUCUCUAUCUCGAAGGACAUCGUUGAGAUGAACGGCGAUUCCAGCAAGGCAUACCGAGCAUACUGCCUCGGCUCUCUCCCUACGGACAGUCCCAGACCAACCAAGGUCUCCAUGUUCGCCACCUCCCCAUCGAACAUCUCCGAGCCUAUCAUCAAGUUAGAUGACCUCACUAUCGCGCCUAUCCUAGAUCGUGAUGCACAGACGGAAGAAGCCCACCGUGAGCUAUGCUACAAACUUGACUGGGAACCAAUCUUAGAUCCCGUCUCUGUCGAGUCCGACAGUGCAUCAUCCGAAUGGGUUCCUGUCGGCGAACUAGAACUCCCAGACACUGAUAUCGAAAUCGUGUAUGGAGAGGGCUCUCUACAGACCCAAGUUGCCUUUGGCUUGGCUGAGGCACUUCAGCGGAUAACUGGCAAGUUGCCUAGCACCAGCAGCCUCCUUGACGCUCAGGCUUCGGGUAAAUUGCUCAUCUUCCUGUCGGAGAUCGACCAGCCUCUCUUGUCGCAAUUGAAGGCGAAUGAGUUUGAAGCUCUUCAGAAGAUGCUAACCACCGUAGAAGGCGCUCUAUGGGUUGUUCGGGGCGCGUAUGAUAAUUCGACGUCACCAGACCUGAACAUGAUUCUUGGUCUGAGCCGAACAAUCCGAUCGGAGACUCUGUUGCCUUUCGCGACGUUAGACUUGGAUGGACGCAACCAACUUUCCAAUGAGCAGGUCUCAGAGGCUAUCCUAAAGGUGUUCACUUCGGUCUUUGGUAAGAGCAGUGCCUUGAACGGCGAGCUGGAAUUCCAGGAGAGAGAUGGUUCGUUCUACACACCACGAAUCAUCAAUGACCCUGUCAUGAAUGAAAUCGUCCACCGGGAGACUAAGCCUUCAGCUCAACAACCCACACCUUUUGGCGAGAACAACCGACAACUGAAGAUGGCCAUCGCGGACGCAGGCGCUCUCGAUACCCUCCACUUCAUUGACGAUGUUGUCUCCGAAGCCCCGCUAAAUGGGGAGGAUAUCGAGAUCAAGGUCCACGCUGUCGGUGUCAACCACAGAGAUCUCACUGCAGCCCACGGAAAGCUUGCAACACACGACUUCGGUAUAGAAGCUAGUGGUGUUGUCACUUCUAUUGGUAAGGAUGUUAAGAACAUCUCAAUUGGAGACCGAGUUGCUGCUAUCACAAAGGGUGCCUUCGCCACAUCUACCCGCACCAAGGCCACCUUCGCAUUCAAGCUUCCGCGCGACAUGCAAUUCGAAGAGGGUGCCACCCUCCCCUUAGCUUACACCACCGCAUACUACUCUCUCGUCGAGCUCGGCCGACUUAGCGAAGACGAGACCGUACUCAUCCACGCAGCCGCCGGCGCCGUCGGCCAAGCAGCCAUCUCGCUCGCGCAAAUGAUCGGCGCAAAGGUCUUCGCCACGGUCGGCAGCACAGAAAAGAAGGAAUUCCUCAUCAAGGAGUACGGCAUACCCGAAGACCACAUCUUCUACAGCCGCAACCUCUCCUUCGGCAACGCCGUCCGCCAAGCAACCAACAACCACGGCGUCGACGUCGUCCUGAACUGCCUCACCGGCGACGGCCUACGUGAAAGCUGGAACAGCCUGAACAAAUUCGGCCGUCUCAUCGACAUCGGCGCACGGGAUACCAACACCAGCACGCGCCUCGAAAUGACGCAAUUCGAGCACAACGCCAGCUUCAUGACCGUCGACAUCAUGGCCAUAGCCGGCGAGCGACCCAAGCUUCUCCAGCGACUCCUCGCCGACGUCGCGAAGCUGAUGCGGUAUAACAAGAUCCGCCCCGUCUCCCCCGUCACCGUGUUCCCCAUAUCCGAGGUCGAGUCCGCGUUCAAGACCCUCCACGGCGCUAAGGCGCAUGGUAAGCUUGUCGUGGUCCCGCAUGCACAUGAUGUUGUUAAGGCUACGCCUCCUAAGAAGCCUGCUCAGCUGCUUAAGGCUGAUGCUACGUAUAUCCUAAUUGGUGGUACGGGUGGUCUUGGUCGCAGCAUGGCGAGGUGGAUGGUUAGUCGUGGUGGAAGACAUCUAGUCCUUGUUUCGCGAAGCGGUAGUGUUACUGGCAAGGUCAAGGAGCUUGUUGACGAAGCCGCACUAGUUGGCGCUGAGAUUGUGGUUCGUCGCGCUGAUGUAGCUAGCGCUGCAUCCGUCGACGACCUCGUCAAGAACGGUUUGGAAGGUCUACCUCCCGUCAGGGGCGUGGUCCACGGUGCCAUGGUUCUCAACGAUGUCCUGUUCGAGAAAAUGGCCUACGACCAAUACACAACCGUAAUCGAAUCCAAAGUAAACGGCGCCUGGAACUUCCACAACGCCCUCUCCAGCACUCCCCUCGACUUCUUCGUCGCCAUCUCCUCCGUCGCCGGCGCCGUCGGCAACAGAGGCCAAGCCGCCUACGCCGCCGCAAACUGCUUCCUCAACGCAUUCGUGCAGUUCCGUCUCUCGCAAGGUCUCCCCGCCUCCUCGCUCGACUUAACUGCCAUCUCCGACUCGGGUUACCUAGCCGAGGACCUUGAGAAGGCCGCUGAGGUCGCUAAGAACUUGGGCAGCGACACGAUUUGCGAAGCAGAGGUUUUGGCGCUCCUGGGCGCCGCUAUUGCGGGCAAGUUGGGCGAUGUGUGCAAUAACCAUACGAUUACCGGAAUGCGCAUCACCCCGAGCAUGCAGCCUUUCUGGACCGCCGACGCGAAGAGCAAGCACCUCCGCGAGGCAAUGGAAGCCGCUGCGGCGGCUGACGCAGCGACGAAUGGAAGCGCGAAGGCGAUUUCGUAUAACGCUGCUGUGAAGGCAGCCAAGACGCUUGAGGAAGCCGAGGCCGUGGUGUGUGAUGGUCUUGUGCAUAAGCUCGCUGCUGUCAUGAUGAUGGAGCUCGAGGACUUGGACGUCACGCGCUCGCUGUCGCAUUACCCGCUCGACUCGCUCGUCGCGAUUGAGAUUCGGAAUUUCAUCACCCGCGAGUUCGAAGCUACGCUGCAGGUUCUCGAGCUGCUUUCCAGCGGCUCAAUCCAGACGCUCGCGAAGGCGGUCUGUGUUAAGAGCAAGUUGGUGAACUUCUCCUAG